AUGGAACUCGACAGCGCCCUCAAAAUCAAUGCCACCAAGUUUGGUUCGGCGGCGAUACCGGACGAAGCACAUGAGUUCAACAACUACUUGAUGGACCUCAUGUCCAAGGGCCCUAAGUGGUACGAGGUUGGUGCGCCGAAACACCGUCAAAUGCGCAUAGAUGGACAAACACCACUCCCCAAACCUCGAUACUUAGACUCGGCGGAAGAUUUCGACAUCCCUUCGAGGGAUGCCGGGAGAGCGAUUCCCUGCAGACUACUGAGACCGCAAAAUGGCCCGGCCAGAGCUGUGUACCUUCAUUUUCACAGCGGCGGCUGGGUCUUGGGCGACCAGAAGACCCAAGACAUGAUGCUCCAAGAUAUCGCCAACAGGACGAACACUCUGGCAUUCUCGGUUGGCUAUAGGCAUGCGCCCGAAGACCCGUUUCCCGCGGGACCGAACGAUUGCUACGAUGCAGCACAAUGGCUCGUCGAUAACGCCGAGUCCACACUGGAAGUCCCUCUGGGAUUCUGCGGGGGAGAGUCGGCCGGGGCGCACCUAGGUUUCCUAGUCAUGCUGCAUCUGCUCCAGUCGCCCGAAGCCAAGUACGCCGGCUUCAGAUUCAAGGGGAUGAUCCUCAACUUUGGUUGCUAUUCGCUGAGUUGGCUGCCGUCGAUGCACCACUUCAAAAAGCCGAAGACGCUCAUCCUGGAUCGACAGCUGAUGGACGAGUACGUCAAGGCUUUCCUGCCCGGCAUGUCUGAAGAAGAGAAGAAACACCCCUCCGUCAGCCCCCUGUACGCGGAUCUUGAGCCUCUCCGCGGAAAGCUCCCGCCGGCAAUUUUCACCGUGGGAACGGAGGAUUGCCUCAUGGACGACACCAUCCUCAUGAGCGCGAAAUAUAUGAUGGCGGGCGGAGAAGCAACCGUGAAGGUGGUUCCUGGAGCGGCGCAUGCGUACAUCACCUUCUCGAGGGAAGUUAAGGGGACGGGGGCGGACGAGGGCCUCACCGCUGUGGAGGCCUUCAUGCGCAGCCAGCUUAAUUGA